AUGGACGCGUUGAAGAAAGAGCUCGAGCGGAAACGCAAAGCGUUCCAAGCCGAUUUCGGCAACCGUCGAUUCGUCGCUCGCGGCGAGAUCGAACGGAAGAAGAUCGAGCAGCUGCGGCAGGAGGAGGAGAAGGAACGCGAGCGGAAACGAGCCAAGCAGCAGGCAGCCGACGCGGGAAGCAACGGGGCCGGCACAGCCGCCGGGAAGAGCGGCGGUGCGAGCGCAUCGAAAUCCGUGGCGGUAGUCGCGGGCACGUCAGGGUCAGGGAUCGAUAAGGCGACCGAGGACCGAAUUGACUCGCUAGUUCUCCCGCGCGCGGAGGUAAUUAAGCGGCUCCGCGUUCUCCGGCACCCUAUAACGCUCUUCGGCGAGGACGACGAGGCGCGGCUCACUCGUUUGAAGCACGUUAUGAAAACGGGGGAGGUGGAUCCGGACGGGGAGCUUUUGGAAGGGCAGCAGAACGAUUUCUUGCGCGAUAUGGCGGAGCUUAAGAAAGGCGGGGGAGCCGGGGGGGGCGCGCGGGGGAAGAAAGACUCGCGGAAGGGGGACGGGGAGAAGAAGGACGGCGGGAAGGGGGAGGACGGGGGGAGGGACGGCGGCGGCGGAGCGGACGGGGGAGGCGGCGCGGAGGGCGAGGGCGAGUCGGAAGAGGAGGAUGACGUGGACUCGGCGCGCAUGCGCGCGAAUUGGGAGGAUCUGUGCGACGAUGAUAAAAUCCUGGUGUUCUUUAAGAAGUUGCUGCGCGAGUGGCAGCACGAGUUAGAGGUGAAACCGGAGGCGGAGCGGCGGACGGUCAAGGGGAAAUCCGCGGUCGCGACUUUCAAGCAGUGCGCGAGAUACAUAGAUCCGCUGUUCAUCAUGUGCCGCCGCAAGAGUUUCGAGACGUCUCAAUCUCAAGUCCCCAUGCUGUUCCCUCUUUGCACUCCAUGCCUCUCAUCCAUUCCCCAUCCAACCAAUCGGCCUGCAAUGCCCCUUCCUUGUGCCGACCUCGACCUCCUCCCAGCCUCCUCCAUCGAUCCUCCAUCCUCCGCUCGCAACCUCCCCUCCAAAUUCUCCACCAUCCACUCUGCCUGUUAA